AACUUCCCCACACGACACAGAUUGAAGGACGGUGCUAAACCUACCAUCCUCGAAAUACUCGCAGUACUUGCAAACAUAUUUCAGGCACACAAAGGCUUCUUUUCAGUGUCCUGUCUUGACACCCGACUUUUCCGAAUUUGCGACUGCAAAUAAGCUGGGCAUUUCACAAACGUGCUUCGAUCAAGACUUUGCAACAAAGAGAAAAGUGAAAUAACACUUCAAACAUACAACUCUUUGACCACAACGGACAAGAAAAGAAAAGAAAAUGGCUCCCGGAGGACGUGGACGUGGUGGCAAGUUUAGCAAGCCGUCGAGAGGAGGAGGCAAGCAUUUCAGCAGAGACCUGCGCCCGCUUGACCAAGAUGGGCUUCCCAUGGGCAUGUGGGGUGAGGGCCGCAAACCCGAAGAAUCCUCCGAAGAAAGCGACUCCUCGUCCGACGAAUCCUCUUCUGGCUCUGAAGCCGGCGGCCCCUCCGGCCCCUCCGGCUCCAAGAAACAAGACCAGCAACAACCAGAGCUGACACGCGAGGAGCGCCGCAAGGCCGCCAAGGCGCGCAAAGAAGCCGCGAUCCGACGAAAAGCCCAACAGGCCGCCGCGCCGGGCGAUCUUCCUCCCAACUCUGACGAGGAUUCUGGGUCCGACGACAACGAUAACAACGAGGACGACAACGAGAUGCCCGCCAACCCGAACCAUACUGCCUCUGCGCGCUCGCAAGCGAGCGGCAAGGCCGCGGACGAGCCAACAGACCUGAAAAAGGCCGCGGCAAAGGGCGUCCAGCUGUCGCGUCGCGAGCAGGAGGCGCUCAACGCCCAGCGCGCCAGAGAACAUUACAUGAAACUCCAUGCCGAGGGCAAGACGGAUGAAGCGCGUGCAGAUCUCGCGCGGCUCAGGCUCGUGCGUGAGCAGCGCGAGGAGGCGCGUAAGAUGAAGGAAAUGCUGGCCGAGGAGAAACGCGUCAAGGACGAAGAGCGCAAUAAGGAGCUGAGAGAGCGAGAGGAAAAGCGGAGAGAAGCGGCGCUGGGGAAGAAGGCCAGUGCCAAGGGUAAGAAGAAAUGAAUAUGACCUUCCUUCUUUUUCUUCCUCUUCUUCAUCCUCUACUUCAUCCUCUACUUCAUCCUCUACUUCAUCUUCUUCCUUCUGAUCUUAUUUUUUCUCGCCUCAUAUCUCUGCCCCCAGAUCCUUUCCUUUGGAUCACGAAUCGGCUUGUGUCAAGGAAGGGCCUUGAGCCCAUAUUUACCUUUUCUGUAUGGUAAAGCCUGUCAUAAACAUACAAACAUAUAUUGAUGAA